AUGAAACGACUACAAGAGGAAAAUCUUCGACUUCAGGGCGAGAUCAAUGAACUGAAACGAGACAAAAACGAAAUGAUAAAGCUUCACAAUGACAAAAUUCACAGCCUCACUGAUAGACAUAACUUGGAGAUACAAUCUCAACAACAACGUAUGGAAAAAAUUUUGGAUGAAAAAGAUUCUAAAAUAACCGAGCUUCAAAGAGAAAAUGAGAGGCUCAAGUCAGAGAUUGGACUGUUGGAUAAAAGUAAGGACGGUCAAGACACUAACAAGUUGCUUCAAGAGCUCGAACAAAAGAGGAAAUCUCUUCAACAAUUUGAACAUGAAAAAUUAACACUUCAGGAUGAAAUUGAGCGUCUGAAACACUUGUUGUCGGAAGCAACAAGACAAUCCAAAGAAAUGGAGUCCAAGAUCAGAAGUAAGGAAGACAAUUUGAACGGACUCAGCAACAAGAUUGAGACACAAGAACGAGAAAUUAAAUCUCUCAAAGAGAAGGAAAUGAAGGUCAUUGAGGAACGAGAGAAAGCUUUUGCCAUGUACACAGAGAGUGAACGAAAUAAUCAACAAUUACAAGAAAAAUUACGAAAUUUGGAACAUCAAUCCAAACAACUUCUUCGUGAAAAUGAAAAUAUCACACAGAGACAUAAUUCCUUAGAUACUGUUCGAAUUCAGCUUGAAAAGACAAAUGAUCAAUUGAGAGCUCGUGUGCAAACAUUGGAAGAAGAAAUUUCGCGAAUGUCUCACAAUCAAAACAUGUUCAAUCAAGAGAGAGAACAAGCCAUGUUCAAUCAGCAACAACAACUUUCACAAGAACUAGACAUGUCAAGAAGAGAAAUUGCAAAUUUGCGAGAAACAAUUAACAUGUUGAAAAACGAAAAGGCUCUCCUUGCAUCACAGCAACAACAGCAGCUCUCCCAUCAACCACAAUUUACCAGUUUUAACAAUAUUAAUAGUAUUACAGCUUCUCAACCAGUGAAUUCAAUACCUCCAUCACGUCCUCAUCUUUCCCUUGAUACAUUCAACUCGCAGAGCUCGUCCUAUGAAAACUCAAGCUACACACCCAGCAACACACUGUAUAAUACGACCAAUCAGGCACCUCAGCCUUCCUCUUUCAAUAGGAAAAACACGAACAUUUUAUAUGCAACAACAACAAGUUCCAAUUUUGCACCUAACAAUUUUAAUUCUCAUGUCACCUCAAUUCCUUCCUAUCCAACAUCUACGUACGGUAGCAAUACAGAUUAUUCAACUAGUGUUGUAGAUACUUUGUCACAACCUCACACUCCUGCUAACAGCUCCCAAAAAGGUUUCUCAACGACCUCAAAAACGACCUCUAACUAUACCACUAAUGCCUCCUCAAAACCAGAGUCAACAAUACUGGCCACUCCCUCUUCAAAAUCAUCGCAAGAUACUCCCUUCACAUUAUCCAUGCUCAAUAGUAAACAUGAAAGCCCAAAAGAGAGACAAGCUAACAGAAACAAGAUUAUGGGAACCUCCUACAGCUUGAAACCAUUUGCUGUGGACGCUCCUAAAAAUCAUGUAGCAGCAGAAAUUGAUGACAAACUCAUGCAACUAGCUCUUGAAAAAACAAAGCUUGAAGGUGACAUGCAAAAGUUGCUUUCGAUGGGUAUUAAGAGCAUUGCAGCAAAAAAGCAGAAAAUGAGCCUGGAGUCCAGGUUAGAAGAGAUUGAAAAAGAAACUUCACAAUUGAAAAUGAAAUUGAGAAGUGGAAAAUUCUAG